UGUCUGACGUUGGUUCAAUAUUCUUGUCUUACAUUUAUGUACCUACCUUUCACAAGGUGUGAGUUUGUGAUCACGUAUCACCAUGAAAAGAGCAGAGAGCUUAACAAAUUUGCUGCGCCCUCCUCAAGCAGUACUGCCUCUACGACAGAAAGAUCUCAUGUCGGUGGUAAAGGCGGUGACCACCUCUGACCUUUAUAUUGAUUCUCUUUCACGACAACCAUAAUGUUCGUUAUCGUCUACCCGUUCUCUCUGAAAAGCCACUUUUCAUGGCAACGACCACAUAGCAUUUAGCUCUACAGUAAGUGUGCUGGCAUGUGUGAUUGCACCAGCAGGUGAAAGCCAAAAAUAAACAUGUCUGCGGGUGUGGGCUGUGUAUGUGUUUGGGUGUAUGUGAGAGCGCGCGAGACCGGUGGAGGUAGUCAGGACGCUAUGCAAACAGUGCACUUGGCAUGGUUAUCGGGACUCGUGAUUUCACAGGAAACACAACCAUAUUUCACAGGGCGAGGAAAUGGAAAGUGAAACUAGGCCUACUGAUGAUAUGGAUGAUGAGGAACUUUUACAGUAUGCAAUACAGUUAAGCAUUGAGGAGUCCUGCCAAAACUCAACCUCUGCGGACGGUUCUAGUUCGGACCACUUCAAAGUUCUGGAAGCCAUAAAUCGAGGGGACCUGUUGCUGCUUCAGAAGCUGUCUGAUGUCCCAGAGUGCUUCACACAGGUGGACAACAGGGGAUGGUACCCGCUCCACCAUGCCGCUGUCCACACCUCACCGCAGGUCCUGGAGGCUGUUAUCUAUGCGUCAUACAGGUUAAGUUUGGAGGAGAUGACUGAUGAUGGGGAGACUCCUAUGAUGCUGGCCACUCAAGCAGGCCUGGUGAACAACAUCAGAAUGCUCAUGGAGCACGGGGCGUCACCACACAGAACCAAUCACAAGAACGAAUCUCCACUUUUACUAGCAGUGCGAAUGGAUUUGUAUGAUAUUGCUCGUGCGCUCCUCUGUGCGGGGGCUUCGGCCAACCAGCACUGCCUGAAGAGGUGGACAGCGGUACAUGAGGCAGCUAAAGUGGGCUGCACAGAGACGCUGAAGCUGCUCCUGAUGCACGGGGGGAACAUUAACGAGACGGACCACACCGGAGUCACUCCCAUGGCCGUAGCAGCCGAGUACGGUCAGAUUGAGAUCCUGGAGCUCCUUAUUGAGUACGGUGGUGACGUCAACGCGAGGGCACCUAACGGGGACACCGUGCUGUAUGACGCUGCCGGAUCAGGCAACCCAGACUGCAUCAACCUGCUCAUUCAGCAUGGCGCCAAUCCAAACGUCGCAAGUCUCUCCUCGCAACUCCCCAUCCACAGGGCUGCCUAUGAAGGGCACUACCUAGCGCUGCGAAUCUUCAUCCCCAUCACCACGCGGAGGGCCCUCAGGCUGUCUGGCCAGAGUCCCAUCCACUCGGCAGCCGAUGGGGGCCACAUCCAAUGCCUGGAGCUUCUGGUUGAGAAGGGCUUCGACGUCAACGCUCUCCUGGACGCCCACAUCUCGGAGAACUAUGGCGACUUGCGGAGGACCGCACUUUACUUCGCGGUCUCCAACGGUAGCGUCACCUGCACAGAGAUGCUGCUGAAAGCUGGGGCCAAGACCAACCUGGAUCCUGUGAGCUGUCUGCUGGUGGCUGUGAGGGCUGGGAGGUAUGAGAUCGUGAAGCUGCUCCUGGCCAAGAGGGCGGAUGUUAACUGCUACUUCACAGUGGUGAACGACACGGUUUUCCCCACCGCUCUGCAGUACUGCCUCAGGGACGAGAUCAUGAUGAGACUACUGCUCAACAAUGGCUACCAGGCCGAGAAGUGCUUCAGUUGUCACCAUGACAGCAUAUGGGAGGCUGACCCUGAGGAGGAUGACUGCCAUCCUGCCAAAAAGAUCCCUUUUUGUGACUUGGUCUGUAUGACCUCAAUGCAGCACUUGGCUGGGAGAGCUGUAAGAAUUCUACUGGACUACGUCAAUCAUGUCGCCAUCUGCUCCAAACUUAAAACAGCUUUGAAGAAGCAGAAAGAGUGGCCAGAAAUCAGUCUUAUUUUGGGUAACCCCAGACCGCUCAGACACUUGUGCAGACUGGCUAUCAGAGCCCAGAUAACCCCACGGAGGCUGGCUGACCCCCAGACUAUGGAGGCAGUGGUCUUCCCCUACAGACUCAAGGACUAUGUGAUGUACAGAGAGCAUGAUCUCUACCAUGAAAUAAUAUGCUCUAAUGAGUCAGAUUGAUAUUCUGUCAAAUGAUAUUUAGUUGGACACUUUUGUAUUGAUAAUGGAUAACUGUCUUGAUAAAUGUGUUAUGUUAUAAAAGAGGAAAGUAUAAGAAUAAAUGGAAAUAUUUUCUCAAAUUGCCA